AUAUAUAGUUCUUGAAUUACAAUAUUUUUAUAAUUAUUCUAUUGAAAAAGGUAAUGGGGGUUCUCCUCCGUCCUCCUCCGUCUCGCACCCCUCUCUCUAUCUCCUCCAAUCUGAUGGCCUUAGCCGCCGCCGCCACCACCACCGCCUGCACUUCCAAGCUCCCGUCCGCAGUGCUUUUUAGUUCAUCCUCCCCGCACCGCCUCAAGUCACCGCUGAUUCCUCGCGCACUCGCCGCCUCAACUAGGCACUCCCAUGCAACCUCAUUAUCCAUAUCUGUUGGUAAAUUUAAGUGCAAGUCCACCGAAAUUUCGGAGGUGGAAUCGUCUUCGGCCUCCAUAGACAGCGGUGGUAGCGACGAUGGGAUGAAUUGGGUGCCGGUGGUGCCACUUGCGGCGCUGCCCAAAGGGGAGCGGCGCGUCCUAGUACAAGACGGGGAAGCAAUUCUGUUGCUUUGGUACAAGGAUGAGGUUUUUGCUAUUGAGAAUAGGUCUCCUGCUGAAGGGGCUUACACCGAAGGCUUGCUCAACGCAAAACUCACUCAGGAUGGUAGUAUAGUUUGCCCAACAACUGAUAGCACAUUUGAUCUACGGACUGGAGCAAUCAAGGAUUGGUAUCCAAAGAACCCGGUGCUGAGAGCCCUUACACCUGCUUUGAGGACACUCUUUGUUUAUCCUGUGAAAACAGAUGAUGAAAAUAUUUACAUCAGCAUUAGAUCAGGUUUAAAAUCUGAUGCAGCUGCAGAGAUUGUCUUUAGCGGGAAGGCUCAGCCUGGUGUAACUGCAACAGACGUAAAUGUGGAGGAGGUGAGAAUGGUGAUUGAUGAAGAUGUUGGAGGGUUUGGUUUCACUGGGAAGAAUGAGUUGAUAAAUGGGAAAGCAGCUGUAAUUGGCUUUCUAUUGUUGUUAGAUUUUGAACUUUUGACAGGGAAAGGUCUCCUCAAGGGAACAGGCUUUUUGGAUUUUCUUUAUAACGCUGCUGAUGCUUUCAAGUAGGCAAUGCUUAUUUUCUCAAAGAAAUGAGAACGAAUUUGACAAGCAAAGAGGCAACCUCUUACGUCUAUUUUAUGUAAAUCUCAUCAUUUGUUGUUCUUAUCAUUAUUCUACAUUUUUUUUCACGUGAUUUAGAAUAGUUUAUGUUGAUCACUAAAAAAUAGGACUUGAUCUCUGUCUAUGUUUCGAUUUUUUUUUUCCCACUUAAAGCUGCUGUAUCCUGAAAGAAACAGGAAUGCAUAUAUAAGGAGUUAACUGCAAAA